AAAACAAAAACAAAUUUUAGUACUCGGCAAUGCUCUGGAGAUGGGGCCGCCAUUCAACUACGCGACUGCGACUUUUCCGGUGGGAACAAUGUCGUCGUGACGAUUUCACAUUGGUCAGCGCCACAACCUUUUUUCUUCUUCUUAACCGCGGGCAAGGAAACUACCGGGAUCAAGAAGUAGAUGCUGCCACGCUUGAGCUCGGAGUCGGGCGAGAGGAUGAGGAUUUUACGGCCGUCGCCUUGGGUGCAGGGUUUGCUGAGAACGUGGUUAGGAUUGGCCUGGAGGAUGUCGGCGGCCGUGACCGGACGGGUAAUCUCUUGGACAUAGCCGUUGAGGUGAACUAUUCGGAUCAAAUCGAGAGCACCGCAGGGAAGAACACAGCCCAAACAGCACCUUAAGCUGUUACCCAUGCGUUGCUUUCUUUUCUCUCAAAAAAACAAAAUUUUUUUUUUUUGAAAGGAAUUGGAUAUGAUCUUGAUGAGUUUCUUCUCUUUAAGAUGCAAGUAUAUAUGAAAUUGAAAUGUGCAUAGUUUGGGGCAGCAGGGAUUAUUUUUUUUUUUAUUAAUCUUUCGAUAUCUGAUAAUCACAUUAAAUUUUGAUUAACUCA